CCACACCGCCCAGGAGGCAGGAGCACAGCAGCGCCUCUCCCGCUGCCAUGGCCGGAGCCGUGGGGAAAGGCACGGGGCCGGAGCCCGACAGCUCCGAGGAGGAGCUGGAAGCGGGGGACGCACCCCAGGCGUGCUACAGGCGGGGUUUGUGGGUCUCCCGAGGCAGGGAGGCAGAUGCCAGCCCCGGGGACGCGGAAGGGAUGAAGGUGAGGAAGAGGAGCAGGCCAGCGCGCUCCAAGGCCAGGAGGAUGGCUGCCAACGUCAGAGAGCGUAAGAGGAUCCUGGACUACAACCAAGCCUUCAACGCCCUGCGGCUGGCCCUCAAGCACGACCUCGGUGGCAAAAGGCUUUCUAAAAUCGCGACCCUCCGGCGAGCCAUCAGCAGGAUCGCGGCUCUGUCGCUGUCCCUGAAGGGCGCCGGGUGCUGCUGGCCCUGUGCCCACUCCGAGUGCCGCGCCCGGGCCGCCGGCCCCGCACAGGAGUCGGGGGUGAAGGGCAGCCGCCCCCAGCUGAUCUGGGAGCCCGGUUCUGCGGGGACACGGUGCCCUGCGUCCCCUCUCCGCGCUGGGUUUUCCCCUCAGGGGCAGCUCCAUCACUACGAGAGCCCGGAGGAGAACCGGCCCGCGCCCGGCCCCGCCUGCCACUCCAGCGGGACCCCGCACCCCGCGCCCCAGCAGCGAUUCACGGGCAGCCUGCAGGAACCCCCGGCCGGGGCUGUCCCCUGGCCGCUGGGCUACUGCCAGGGCUGGGGACACCAGCAGCGCCUCCCCAUCCACUGACCCGCGGGCUGGGGUGGCGGGACGGUGCCGGGGAGGUGCCGGAGCCGUGGGACAGAGGGGGGAGCGGGAAAGGACUGCUGGGCGAGGGAGAGAAGCGCUGCGGGAUGUGGAGCUGAGCCGCGAUGCUGAGAGCCCCCGGACACGCCGUACAGGGCCCCGCUGCGGGUCUCCCCUCCUGCGGAAAGCGGGAAUUCCUCUGGGAGCGCCAGCUCCGUGUCUCUUGUCGCGAGGUCUCACUGCUGCUGAUCGCCGCUGUUAUUUAUUCUGUGUUGCUUGCUCCGCGGGAAAACACGAGUUACAAACCGGGCAGCAGGGCAGUGGCUGUUAAUAUGUGUGGGAUGGACAGAUGGGGAUCACGCUAAAGCCCCUGGCUGGCGGGUGGCUCUGGCUGCCGCCGGGGAAGGAAGGAGGGGAGCAGGAGCAGGGAAAGGUUACUGCCCUGGGACUUUUGACGCUAAGCUCAUUGGUACAGACGUUUGUGCCUGGCAGAUUGGCGAGGCCGGGAGGGGAGACAGAUGUCGGCUUUCAUAAAACCCACCC